CUCGGCAGUGCGAGGGUUAAUAGGGCUGUAUAUCCCCCUCCUUCCUUCCACCCUCCCCCUUUACUCUCAGUAUUAUUCAUAGCAGUAACCUCACCCUCCACCCUCUCAGGCUCCUUCUGUCUGUGAAUCAAAUUCUUCUUCUUUUUUUUUUUUCUCUCACUCCUUUUUCUCUUUUGGGGAUGUUUGGAGGCCAUUUGUCUUUUUAGAAAUUUCUGUAAAAAUUUGUAAUUUUUUGUUUUUUUAAAUAAAGCUUGGAAUAAUAUCGCCGACACAGACCGGGACGGAGCUGUGAUUUUUUUUUUUAUAUAUUUUUUUUUUUUUUUUUUUUUUUUUUCGGGUCGUUGGCAAUGAAAAGGAGAAGUUGUUGAUGGAUUCGCCUUGGAUUUGUAAUAGGGUCUCUUCCCCGGAGAAGCGGAGUCGGGAAUGAUCGUAAGGACGUAGCGGAGAGACACCGAGGAUUGGGAAGCGUUUGGGUCCAGCUGUGGAGGAGAGCAGCGUGAAACAUCCAACUACGGUAAACCAAUCUGGCUUUUCUCCUUCUGCCAUGCCUCCUUGGCAACUAUUGAUCAUGGCUUGUGAAAAAUAACCCAGGAAUUCAAGUCAAUAUCCAAGCUUAACCCUUGGAUCCAUCAAUACGAUAAUGAUGGAGGUUCCAGACUGGAAGGUCCAUCUCCUAGAAAGAAAAAGAAAAGAAGAAGAAGAAAUGAAAAGGAGAGAGAGGGAGGAAGAUGAACGACUUGCCAAGAUGCCUCCCUGGAAGAGAGAGAUCAUUCUGCGAAGGAAGGCCAAGGCUGAGGCUUCUAUGCUGGAGAACAAAACAGAGACUGAAGGAGAACAAGAGGAAAAAAUAGGAGGUGGCGGAGAAGAAGAGGAAAAAGAGAGUCGGGUUUUAAGAGAAAAUAUUGGACCAGUUCAAAAAAAUCCAUUUAUCCAACAGGAGAAGCAAAGACGAAUACCAGAAUAUUCUUGCACUAGACCAAAGUCUACCACCGAGCAAACAGUCCAACGUAUUCCAAAGGUAGAUGACCUAGUAAGAGAUACAAAUCUUCCAAAUGACGUGAAGGAGCAAGAUUCUCCAUUAGAGGAGCAUCAACCUCCAUCCGUAGAUGUUAAAGGAAGGGUGAGCCGGUUGCUUAGCCGAUUUGGAGGUUCAAGGACAGAAGAUGAUAGUGACCCAUGUUUACAACGGGUAAAUGGAGAAGAAGGAGUAACCAAAACUGUACUGCCCACUACUCCGGUAAUAGUGGAGCCUGAAACCCAGGUCUCAAGUAUUGCAAACCCUGCUCCGCCUUCGCCUUCCUGCUUUCAUACUGCCACGGGAAACCAGACUUUAACUCAGGAAACCAUUCUCUCUACCUACGUCACUCCUUCCUCUUCCUCUGUUGAGUCAGAGCCAUCCGAGCUUUCAACCUGUGCGGCCCCCAUGGCCAUGAGUGGGUUCACCACCAGGCAAAGCAUGACAGAUGAAGUUAGGCCUUUUCCUUUCCAGCUGCGCCCAGCGUCUCCAGCAUCUCCAGCCAGGUUAAAGCAGGCUACCCAGGUUUCUCCAAUCUUGUCAAGGCCUGAAACCUUCAAGGUUAAUGCCGGAAAAACAGACGAAGAUGGUGAAACCGGGCUCAGUCCUUCAAAAGUCACUUGUAAUUUCCAGGCUAUCAAAAGGACAACUGGAGAGAAUCAAGCUGUGCAAAGGAGGAAGGGCAAUACGAUUACAGUCAACCCACGAAAAGUUGCAGUCUGCGAGAAUGGGUAUGCUGUCACAGAGGCUAAAUCCCCGGGAACCAAGCCGGAGUCUGGCAAGAAACGUUAUCCAACAGCAGAAGAGAUCAAAGUCAUUGGGGGCUACCUGGCUUUGUCGAGGUCCUGUCUCGCCAAACACAGUCAGGACAAGAAGAAGAUGAAUAUUUCCUUUCCAGAAGCGGAUCUAGAGAGUACCUUCGAGUAUCCAUCAGAGAGCUCUAUGUUAGCAGAAUAUGGCCCGGCAGAGGAGCCGGAUGUCCCUGUCCCUCCGCUUGCUCAGCCAGAGGAUGACGAAGAAGAAGAAAGUGCCCUUUUGGGAGGCAUCUUAAGAAGGAAAGCUCUCAUAGUUGAUGAGUCCUGCAAACGCUGAGGAGAGGUCACAAAGCAUUUUGGGUACUGAGCACCAAGCACCUGUGGAUUCUGGCAUUUCUGUACCAAUGGAGCGAUCCAUGUUUACCAAUAAAAGCAGCACACACGACCAGUCAAACGGUGGGAAAACCAGCCGAUACGAUUCACGACCAACAGAUGGCCUUGGUCUACCUACGAAGAGUUGCUUCUGAAGUUCAGGAACUAUUUUAACCAGAGGUCGUGAUGUUGUUGCUACUAUUGACUAUUCCAAUGGAGGCAACAACUGCUGAUGAUGGAACAAACAACUUGUUUGGCAAUUUUACCAUUUCGGUAUUUAUCUGUGAGACUAUCGAAAUCCUUCAACAGUGGAUGAGUAACAAUUACCUGUUCUUAGAAUUUGUACCAUGUUUAGCCGGGAGACUAGUUUUAGCCAUGUAUAGUAUCUUAACAUGCUUUAUUAGUGUUUUAUAAGUAGUUAUAUGUUAAAAGUUUUGUACUGGGUUAAAAACCUGGCAGCUUUGUUCCAAAAACAGUGCCAUACAUGUCUAUGGGUUGAUUUGGGUAUUGCAGCUCAGCUCCAACCUUUGGACAGGUGUGGCUCUUUUUGGCAGAAAAGCAGUCAUCUUGUUACUGUGUAAUGUCUUUACUAUUAGUAGAACAAGUUACUGUUAGCAGCCACUGAACGCAUUACUAGUUAGUCCAUCGGAAGCAUGUAAAUUUUAGCUAGUUAGCCUUUGCGUUAAAGUUUCUUACCGCUAACCAAGUUUCCAGUUAAUGUUUUUAACAUUAUUGGUUACACCAGAAGUAUUCCUAGUGAGUGAUACUCUAUGGUACUGGUUUUAACCUAUAUUAUACCACUGCUAAAAUUGUAUCUGUCGAGAAUUCUUUUUUAACAAAUGGCCACUGAACAAAAGACUUCUAUUGGCUCAGGACUGUUGACACCGUUCUAGAUGAGGACGCACUGGUUCAGAUGAAUACAAAACUGCUAGUUCUUAUUACCGGCAAGUAUUUCUUUUUAAAACUGCUUUUUUGUUUUUGUUUUGUAUUUUUUUAUAUAUAUUUUUUUAUAUUUUUGUAUUUUUUUUUUUUUUAUACAAGGAAAUGUUGAUAAACAAGUGUUUUGCUAUCCAGGCUUUAAGAUUUCUAAUAUCCAUCAUCAUGAGUGCCAAUCCACUUCUUAUGAUUGUCUGCUGAAAAAAAUGGGGUGGUCAUACAAAAAGAAACCCUUUGAAUGUGUCGGCAUAUUUUAUUUUUUAUUUUUAUUAUUAUUACUUUUUCUAAUUUUUACUGUUCUCGUUGGAAACUUAUGUCCAUAGUUGUGACUUUAGGGCAGUGGUCGCCAACCUGUGGCUCACCGGACAUUAUAGUAUUCCAGUAGAGGCAGAUCUGCUUCAAUAAUGCACUGUGUUUUGCACUUAAUUUUGAAUUUUAAUAUAUAUGUAUGUACAGUAUGUUUUCUCAUUUAUGUUUCUUGGAUGGAUGCAAUUCAUGAAUGGGAUUUUGAAAGUACUGUAAUAUUUUACUAUUAAGAGUAUGAUUCCAAUAGUGGCCCGGUGUAGGAUUUUCUGUAAAAGAUAGGCAACCAUGAAUUUCGCUGAAUCUCCAUUGGCAGAAUUCAGCAAGUGGAGAUUCAGAUCUGGCAGCCGCCAAAAUACUUUGGCGGUAGGACCCUGCGGCACUCCGCCGUCACCAUUGACGGCUAUGCAGUGCUGAUGCAAUUCAGCACAAAGAAUGAACAUGCUCAUUCUCUGUGCUAAACAAUUUCAGCCGCGGAAUUGUCCGCCGCUGAGAUUGCUCAGUGUGAACGGGUUUCGCGGAAGACCCAUUCACACUGAUGUUAAAGUUCACCACACUGAAUUCUGCGGGAAUUACAUAGUGUGAACACACCCUGAUAGUAAAUCAUGGGUCACACAGGACUAACAAUGAUAGAUACCACUAUAAUAGCCAAUCACGGGUCACCCAGGACAAGCUGUCAAGGAUGCCACAAUAAAAGUCAAUACCCCAUUUGUUUCAAUUUGUUCAGUAUUAUUAAGUUUUAACUUUUACUUCUUUACCCAUUAGGACCCUGAUAAACAAUAGAACUCCCAUCAUGCCAGAGAAAAUUGUUCUUUUCUCAUUUUUUUUCAUAAUUGCUGUAAAGUGGCAGCUUGGUAAAAAAAAAAAAAAAAAGGAUUGAGGGUGAAGGGAUCAAUUCGGACCAUGACAUAGUCUUCAUCAACCAAGGGUUUGUAUAGUUGAUGGAUUAUACUCUUAGAAUAUUCUCUAAUACACUGUCAAUAGACCCUCAAAUAACUUUGUUUCUGGGCCUUUUUUUAAUAGUUCAUUUGUACAGCACUUGGAUGAAGGUCCAUGUGGGGCCAAAGACACUUAGAAUGAGGUUUUUCUUCCAUCAAACAUACAGAAGUAACGAUGACCAAAGGUCUCCAAGCUCAUUGGAAGAUCCAAAUAACUAGGUGUUCAAAAGCCUUGGUACUAAAUAUUAGGCCCCUAAAGAAAGAGAAAAAAACAGUCAUCGUGGUGGUCCACAGAGGCUUCUGCCUACCCUGUCAACCUUGCUUGAUGGAUCUCUCCCUAUACCCAAACAGGGAGGGAUCAAUAAAUUAAUGCUGGUAGGACAGAGAAAAGCUAACAAUGACCAUGAUUUGAGAUUUCUUUUUCUUAACCAUCUUCUGACAAGUCAUUGAGAUUGGGUGAGGUCUAUGAAAUGAGAUGCCACUGACCACAAAAAUGAAGACCAUUGUGCUAUUUUGGGUAAACAUUACUGUUAACUCUGUUUUCGAAGUCUGUUUUGAGUAAAGCUAAAAGGGAACCGUUGUGGGCACUGCAUUGUGGCCCCCUCGAUUUUGUAAUAGCAAGGGGGGGGGGGGCAGAAGAUCCUAUCUCAAAAGCUCUUUGUUCAUGUUGUGGGAUCAGUCUUUCCUAGACCCGUGACGAAGGGUUGUCAUACAAAAAUAGUGAAUGUCUCAUGUCACAGAUACCUUCUGGUGGCUUUAUUUUGUCAGAUUUUUAUCUUUUAUCAUUUCUAAACAAAAUACAAAGUCAACUGCCAUAUUGUGUUGUUUUUUGUUAAUAAAACAGUGUUAUGAGAGUC